AUGAUUCAUCGAUCCCUCAGCCGAACUUUAACCCCUGUCCAGUUACGCCGUCGAUAUUGUAACCGGAGACUGUUGGCAAUGUCAAGUACACUACCCGUAAGAGGUCGUCGGACACAUCGCAAAUCACGGCAUGGCUGCCAGCAAUGCAAGGCCAGGAAAAUCAAAUGUGAUGAAGCCAAGCCAACUUGUAGAAACUGCACCAAACACGCCGUGGACUGCACAUAUUCCCUGCCAAGUGGAGGAAGUCCCGCACAAUCUCAUAGGAGCGAAAGAACAUCCCCGCAGGCGUCCAAACCGAGCCACUGCGAAUGUUCAGACUUGGCAGUGCACGACUUGGAGCUCCUACAUCAUUUUUCUACGUCCACUGCCUACACCUUCUCUCGAAAUCCAGCGCUGCAAACCUUCUGGCGAGUUGACGCACCGCAGCUCGGAUUCGGUGCCCACUACACGCUGCGAGCAAUGUUAGCCAUAUCUGCCCUCCACUUGGCCUACCUACGACCCACACAAAAGCAAUUCUACGUGUCUCAAGCAGAGCACCAUCACAGCGUGGCCUUGACAUUUGUGACCUCAAAUAUGACACGAUUAAUGAACGAGAAUAGCUCAGCGCUGUUCUUGUUCUCCAUCCUCACUAGCUAUUUCUCCUGCGCCAAGCCCCGCAAACUCGACGACCUGCUUCUCUUCCAGCAGGGGCGUAUCUCCGAAUGGCUGGUCCUCUUCCGCGGAACGGGGGCAAUAAUCGAAUAUGCGCAGGAGGAACUCCGCUCCGGACCGCUGGCAGCGUUACUGGGUAUUCGGCAACGCCGAUCUGACUAUCGCAACAGCCUCCCGACCCAGGGGCAAGCCUUCAUGGACGACUUGGAGGAGUUGAUCCGAGAAGAAGUCAAAGAGCAGCAGGAAUUACAGGUUUAUCUCGGAGCAAUACAGGAAAUGAGGGUAUCGUAUGCGCUGUGGUCUGAUAUCGGGAUGUGGGAGACGGGAGAUGUCCUUGUCUGGCUGCUGCGAGUAUCAGAGGAGUUUCUGACUCUCCUUCGGGAGCAGCGAUAUGUGGCGCUGGUGAUUUUUGGGUACUUCUGUCCUUUGCUGCGCCGGUUGGAGUGGAUGUGGUGGUUGGAGGGGUGGAGUGUGCAUUUACUUUCUCGGAUCCAUGGGUUGCUGGAUCAGGAGCAUCGCACUUGGAUCCAGUGGCCGAUGGAGCAGCUGGGGUGGCGGCCGUGA